UCCAAUGGCCCAAGAGUCAAAAAAUUCAAUCUCACCACAUACAAGUUUCACGCUAUGGGAGACUAUAUCAGAACUAUCAGACUCUUUGGUACAACAGAUUCAUUCACUACACAAAUUGGAGAGCUUGCUCAUAGAGCGCUUAAGGCUUUCUAUCCACUUACUAGCAAGAAAGAUACUCAUUCUCAGUUAGCCAGGCAGGAGCAUUGUAGACACAUACUUAGGAGGGUAGCAGAAGCUGGAGUUUUAUCUGCCUCUAGCAAUAAAUUGUCAAUCAACACUCUACCUUCAACAUCUGGCGUAACCGUCCACAGCAUUGGUACUAAUCAAAACAAACCUAUCAAGUUGUUUACAUUUCUUGGGGAACAUGCAGGAGAUCCAGCUCUUAAGGAGUUCAUACUAAAACUAAAGAACCAUAUUCUUUACUGUCUACAAAAGUUGGACAUUGACUAUUGUGAUCACACAUUCACUGAAGAAGAACGCAACACUGUCAUCAUUUCCAACAAUACGAUCUACUCUGUCCAGACC